CGACCUCGGUAUCAGGACCGUGGGCGAGUGGAGUCUCGGUGCCGAUGAGGAAUUAAUUCACCCCCCGGCAGAGACCGAGAGUCCGCCAGGUCCAGAGCAACCGUGGGAGGCGCGGUCGACGGAGCCUCAGGUGGUUUUACCUCAGGUCCAGCAGCUCGCCU